UAAUAGGUUGCUGCCUGCUCCGUCCCUUACAGUGGGACAGUGGGGGUCCGCGUUUAGUGCUUGCUGCCUCUCGGCGCGUCCAAACGCGUCUCCCAGCAUCAAUCUUUCACCCCGCAAUCCACCGUUUGAUACCAGCUCGACCAUCACACUCAUUGCCUCCGACUAGAUUUCUUGCGACAAGAGGGAACGCUAAUUGACUCUUCAUUCUAUUGCCUAUAGAUAUAACAUAGGAAUCAUGGCGGGCUACGGCGGAUAUGGUGGUGGUGAUGGCGGCGGCUUCAUGUCCGGAUCUCAACAAGGUGGUAGUCAAGCCGGUGGUUCCAAGUACGCCGACGAAUCCCUCCGCCCCGUAACCAUCAAACAACUCCUCGACUGGGAAGAGCCCUAUUCCGGUGCCGAUCCCGCCAUCGACGGCCACCCGGUAACCCAAGUGACCAUUGUGGGCCAAGUGCGCUCCGUCAAGCCGCAACCGACCAACAUCACGUACCGGAUCGACGACGGCACGGGUGCCAUCGACGUCAAGAAGUGGGUCGACUCGGAAGCGCAAGGCGGAGAGGACGGUAGCGGCGCCAGCGCCAUUGCGCCCGACGCAUUCGUGCGCGUGUGGGGCCGUCUCAAGAGCCUCGGCGGCAAGAAACACGUCAGCGCCAACUUCAUACGCCAGAUUGAGGAUUUCAACGAGGUCAAUUACCACCUGCUCGAGGCGACGUAUGUGCAUCUGUUCUUUACCAAGGGAGCUCCUGGUGGUGGUGGCGUCAAACAAGAAGGUGGUGGAGGAGACAACAUGUUUGUCGAUCAGGGAUACGGAGCCGGAGGAGGCGAUGUCGCUAUGGGCGGCGCUGGCCCCGGUGGAGGAAACAGUGCGAUGCAGGCGAGGUUGUCGACGUGCUCGAGGAAUGCGCAGACCAUGUGCAACUUUAUCAACAACUCGCCUGGCGGGACGGAGGGUGUCAAUUUGCAUGUGAUUGCACAGGGCACGAGGAUGUCGACUAGGGAUAUUGUGAAUGCGGCGGACGAGUUGUUGGGACAGGGUAUCAUUUACACUACGCAGGAUGACGAGACGUGGGCUAUUCUGGAUUAUUAGUUCAGAAGGCUCGGUUUUCGCAGGAGCUUUGCGUGAGGAGUCGAGAAUGGAGAGGCAGAGAAAGUGGUGCUGGCAGGCCAUGCUUGAAAUACCACUAGAGGAGGAAAAGGAUGGGGAAGGCUCAGGAAAAGUCUGAAGAGGAUCAUCUUUGUUUUGGUCCCUAUCUGGAUGAGGAAACGAAUGGCGCCUCAAGGUUUGAUGUUUUACAAGAAUGGACAGGAAUGGAUGAAUUCAUGUUUUUGCGGUUUUGCGUCUGUUAACAUUUGAAGAGAAUAUACCCGAGUCAAUUGAGGUAGAAAAGGCCUGUCUGAUGAUCUGUUGUAUAGUAAAAAGCU